AUGCUCCCCAGUGCCGUGGCCUCACCUGUGCCGUUGGAUUCCCGGCCGCCCUGCGAAGCCAGAAUCCAGCGCCGGGCACUGCGAUGGUUUCCGGCACGCAUCACGCCUUUGUGGCUUUGCCCAGCUUGUUUCGCUCUCCGUCGACCAGAAAGGGCGCGGGGCCGGAGCUGCCAAGCCGUGGCCGUGGAUGUAGAGGAGCCGACCAAAGCCGAGCGACUCGCUGAGGCUUUUGCACAGCAGCUCGGCGCAGCAGAAAGAGGCUCAGCCGACUCUGCCGGAGUCCAGCGGGCCAAAGAGGAAGCAUUGGAAGAUGCAGCGCAGCUGCAGCAGCUACUGUGGCGAAAGGCACACCCCGAGCGCGCCAAGGAGUACGCAGAAGCCGACCAGGGCACAGUGAAUGCAUUGCUGACUGCCUUCGUCCGGGACGUCCGUGUGAAAGCUCAAAGCAUAGACCGAGAGAUGCCGCCAGGCGUGGAAUCCAAAGUGGUCCACCUGCUGCGCAACGGUCAAGGCUUUCACUACAUGCUGGAAGGGCUCGAGGGCAUGGAGGGCAUGGUGAGCCCUAAGGCUGGGGAUGAGACUUGCCCUCCCGUAGUGCAGCAGAGUGGUGGAGGCCUAUGUUCGCUUUUGCACAGCAGCUCGGUGCAGCAGAAAGAGGCUCAGCCGACUCUGCCGGAGUCCAGCCAAGAGGAAGCAUUGGAAGAUGCAGCGCAGCUGCAGCAGCUACUGUGGCGAAAGGCACACCCCGAGCGCGCCAAGGAGUACGCAGAAGCCGCAGCGAGCGGCGAGAAGCGGCUCUUCAAAUUCGAGGACCAGGGCACAGUGAAUGCAUUGCUGACUGCCUUCGUCCGGGACGUCCGUGUGAAAGCUCAAAGCUCCGACUCCUCAGGCAUAGACCGAGAGAUGCCGCCAGGCGUGGAAUCCAAAGUGGUCCACCUGCUGCGCAACGGUCAAGGCUUUCACUACAUGCUGGAAGGGCUCGAGGGCAUGGAGGGCAUGGUGAGCCCUAAGGCUGGGGAUGAGACUUGCCCUCCCGUAGUGCAGCAGAGUGGUGGAGGCCUAUGUUCGCUUUUGCACAGCAGCUCGGUGCAGCAGAAAGAGGUCCCGAGAAAUCUCGAGUUCAGGAGUUGGAGGGUACUGCAGGGCAAAGAGGAAGCGCUGGAAGAUGCAGCGCAGCUGCAGCAGCUACUCUGGCGAAAGGCGCACCCCGAGCACGCCAAGGAGUACGCAGAAGCCGCGAAUGCAGCUUUGGGAGGGGGCUUCCGAGACCCAGGUUUUAGGCCGAAAGACGUUUGGGGCUCAGGGUGUAAUAAGAGUUCGUUUUUUUGA